AGAUCAUCCUUCAGUCUCACUGAAACAUUCAGACAGGUCUCUGAUUGGCUGAAAACAUCCUGAAAACAGGAAGGAAAUAACAUCAGUUUCAUCUCAGCAGAGAAACUCAACAACUCUUCAGGGAGGAGGAAGUCUACAGUCAUCGCCAUGGCAACUUCAUCACAGCCAGUCAACUCUGCACAUGAAAAGUUAUCUGUUGCUCUGUUGAACAUUAACGGUCUGAGAAACAAGAUGGAUGAAAUUCAAAACAUAAUUAAAUGUUAUAAACUUCAUGUUGUUGGUCUGUGUGAAACUAAACUCGAUGACUCAGUUGAACCCAGCAGAGUUUAUAUUCCAGGGUUCAGGAUGUGGAGGAGAGACAGAGACAGUAGUGGAGGAGGAGUUGCUCUUUAUGUUCAGGAUCAUAUUAAAACCAGAUUAAGACCCGAUCUGAUGAAGGCUGAAGCUGAUGAGGAGAAUCCUGAAGCUGAGAUCAUUUGGGUUGAGAUGAAGCUUCCUGACAGUCGACCAGUUUUACUGGGAAGUUGUUACAGACCUACAGAUAAUCUAAAACAUUUGGUUCAAAUCUAUGACACAAUGGAUCUGGUGUUAAAGGAGAAGGAGGAGAAAGACAUUCUGCUGAUGGGAGAUUUUAACACUGACUGGUAUUCAGAUCCUGAGAAGAAUGUUGCUGAAUAUGUUUCAUCUAAAUGGGGAUUAAAUCAGAUUGUUCAGGAUAAAACCAGGAUUACCCAGAAAUCCUCAUCAUGCAUCGACUUGAUUUAUACAAAUAUACCAGUGCAUUCUGGUAGAAAAGCAGAAUCCACUGCAACAGGCUGCAGUGACCAUAACCUUGUUACUGUAAAACUCAGCAGAAAUGUUCCUCAGAAGAUCAUAAGCUUUAGGUUUAAACAGAUUGAUGGUACAUUUUGGAAAGUUAUAGAUGAGACUCAGUGGACUGAAGUCUACAAUGAAUCUGAUCCUGCAGAAGCUCUGAAGAAAUUCACUGAUAUUUUUCUCUCAGUAGCAAAUAGACAUUUAAAGAAUCAAGAUAUUUAUGAUUUACUGAAGUUGGAUGAUAAAAUAGAGAGAUUAAUAACUGAAAGAGAUGAUUCAAAACAUCUCACACAGGAGGAAUUAAAAAAGAAACAUGCUAAGAAGUCAUCAGGAUCAGACUCAUCAAAAGCUGAUGACUCAGCUAAAGGCAAAGGAGUGAAAUGUUUUCAAUGUAAACCAAAGUUAAACCUAAAACUAAAAUCUGAAUGUAAAAAUUGUAAGGGUCUUACACAAUAUUGUAAAAUCAGAAACAAAGAAGAGAGGAAUCGUUUCAUGCAGCAUCGGGAAAAAGCUGUUAAUUUUAGUAAAAUACUGAAGAUAUGUAAACAGUAUUUUGGAGAAAGUUUGCCUUCUCAUGUGAUCAACAUAACUCAGCAGGGAGAUGUAACCUCAGACUUAUAUUAUCUCAGAGAAGAAAAGAUAUUUGGUAAUUUUCUAGUUGAGACAAUGACUGACGAGGCAGAUAAAUUAGUUUUUUGUCCCAAUCAAAUAUUAAAUGAAUGGUUGGAGUCUCUCCUUAGUACUGAUCUGAAAGACGCUGAUAUCCAUAAAAUAGAUGCUGAACUCCUGAACGGUUCAUCUGGUUCCAUCUCUGGUCCGAUCCGCCACAUCCUGAACCGCUGCCUGGAGAACGAUCUGUUUCCUUCUGAACUCAAACAGUUUGAGUUAAUCCCGUUUUCAACCCAAAAACUGACCAAGUUCAGGGAGAACAUAGAUCUUCUUCACAGUGUCCAUGUUAUGAUAGGUUAUAUCUUUGACAUCAUUCUCUAUAAACAGGCAGAAAAAUACUUUAUUGAUCGGAAACUGAUAGCUUCAGAGUCUAUUGAUGAUCAAAUCAAGAACCUAAAAACUGAUUGGCUCAAAGCAACAAAGUCAGGAGAAACAGUUUCAGUUUUGUUCCUGGACUUCAGUUCUUCAUUUGACUCCAUCAGUCACAAAGAUCUGAUAACAAAACUGGAAACAUCUGGUUUCUCAGAUUCGGCUCUUAAACUGAUAAAAAGUUUUCUUUCCUACCAUGAAGGUUCCUGCGGUUUGCCCAGAGGAAGCUUCUUCGCUCGACUCCUCUUCACCGUCUUUAUUAAUGAAUUAAAGAAAGAUUUAAGAUCAUCCUCUGUAGUUAUCUGCCAAAAUCACAUGAUUGUUUACAUAAAAGACCGUAAGAUGUCAAAGAAAUCUAAGAAACAAUCUGUGGAGGAAUGGGCCAAACGUUAUAUGAUACAUAUGAACAUAUCAACAGAUUUUACAAUAACCAGACACACAGAAAUAACUUCUUAUUUUGAACUCCUUCAGUUUUUGUUGAACUGUAAUCAGUUUAAUGUUCAGGUAUUGAGAAAAGUUAUGGAACGUUAUACUGACUCUGGACAGGAAAAGUUUAAAAAAACCUUUGAAGUAUUUCAGAAAGAGUUUGGUAGUAAGAAAUGUUGUAAAGUCUCUGAUGGUGACAUAAAUGCAGCUCUAAUCUCAGUGGUGCUGCUGUAGUUUGAGUUAAUGAUAAAAUUCAUUUGUGAAGCAGAACAUUUAAAACAACAAAGGUUGACCAAAGUGCUUCACAUUUUAUCUAGAGAUAAUUAUAGAUAAAUAAUAAUAAUUAAAACUCAACACAGACAAGUUAAAAAACCUAAAAUCUUCAGGUUUUCAUCUCGUCCUGUAGAAAUAAUAUUUCUGAUCAUCUGAUCACAUAUUUAGAUUUUCAGAAACAUUUUUGUGCUGCAGUAAAGUUUGAUCAUCUCUACAUGUAAGUUAAUAUUUCUGAACCUCCAGGAGAAACAGCCUGACUGUAAUAACGUCAAAACUUUAUGAUUUUAUUCUUUAAUUUACUUAUAAAUGUGCAGAAAAUAAAUCCUGAAUGUUUCUUUAAUGAUGGAUCUAAUAAUGUCUUCAUGUUUCUGAGCUGCUGAGGAUGAAUAAAAAUCCACUGAAUGCAUUUUAUUUUCUAUUAUUAUUAUAAUCA